AUGUACGAAUCAACUACCUCGUUGGAUCUUCACCGUCUGAGCCGGCAGAGCCUCCAGAAACGGUACGAGUCCGACGAAGAAGAUGUAUCGGAAUCCGAUGCCGGUGGACCAGACUUCGUCCCCUCGCUAGUAGGCUCACAACGGGCUGGAACUAUCGAUUCAGAUCUGAGUGCCGAUGAGAAUUCGCAUAUGGAUCCCGACUCUGACCGGGAAGAUCACCUACUAGCCCCAUACCAUGUGGCUAAACGACCUCGCCCAGUCUCAAUGGAUACAGUGAAACGAAGCAGCGAUGCAACAUUCGUGGAAAACACCCAUGUAUUCGAUCCAGAAGAUGACAUGGUUCUUGAACUUCCUCACCCACCAAGCCCUCCAGAGCUGGGCUCAGAUCAUCUCUUCUUACAACCAGCCAUCUAUGUCUCUCCGAACACGCCACCAACUCAUCAUCAACGAUCUCGGUCUUCAUCCCCGUCGUCUAUCUUCUCAGUGGAAAACGCCGAGAUCCACGUUGCAAAGAAAAUAACAUUGAUGGAACCACCAACCCGUCCGACACUGGUCUUCAUUAACUCUCUCGGAUCUCGAUCCAAAGGUUCCAGAUCAAGACCCACGAACCUUCGACCUCGGGGAAAUGCUCGAAACCGCGAGUCUCGGAUCUUCGACGGCAAGCUAGAGGGCAAUGUGCAAGUCCCACGCCUAACAGACGUCAAGUCCACAUCAUCCCCCAGGGCAUCUGAACUCUAUAAGCCACCUACCGAGGAACCUCUUCUAGAAAACAUCUCAACCCCGACACCACAAAGUGCCACAAUAAGCAGCGUUUCCGACAUCCCCACACUCCCCUACUUCCCUCCAUCCCCAAAACAAAAGCCAAUCUCCCGCCCCCGCCCCCGCCCCAAUACCUCAGGCUCAACAGAGAAACAAUUCCCAACUCUCGCCUCCCGCUCUUACCACGCCCGCCGCCCCACAGACCCAACCCGACGCCCGCCAUCAACACGCAGCAACAGCAAUAGCAGCGUCCCAACUUAUUCCCCACGUUCCGCGUCUCCAUUUCCAGACGAACAGAGAGGGUAUAUACCAGAUUACCACAGUGAAGGUUCAGGAUCCUUCCUCUCUCGAACAUGCAGUCCAGCCUCGACUGCCCCCUCCCCGCCACAGCAGCAAUAUGUCCACUCUUCGAAACGGGGUCCCGUUCCUUCGUCUAACCCAUCAGGGGGCUUUUCUCAUCGUGCCCCAAUGAUGCGACACAUGACGCGCAAACACUCCGCCACCUCUAGCAUUCACUCAAUGGCUAGUAUGCGUUCGGAGGUGGAUGCUUAUCCAACGCCCUCGAAUCUGAAUAUACUUUCCUCUGCAUAUGCGGCGUCAAGUCAACCUGCUGUUAAUGUUAUUCAGGAUCGUGAGCGUCCCACACGGAAAUCAAGCCAGAGACGUCACGGGAGACAGGCUAGCUCGAGCACAGCACGCGUGUUCAUGGGGCUGAAACUUGGGAAGAGGGCUUUUAAUAAAGUCUAG